UAGACCAGUCAAUAAAUGCCUCUGUCCCGCUCUCUCUCAUCAUUGUUUCGUGAGGUUUUGAUCUCCAGCAGCAUCAUGCCUGAACCAGCGAAGUCCGCGCCGAAGAAAGGCUCCAAGAAGGCCGUCACUAAGACCGCUGCAAAAGGCGGAAAGAAGCGCAGAAAGUCCAGGAAGGAGAGCUACGCCAUCUACGUGUACAAAGUGCUGAAGCAGGUUCAUCCUGACACCGGGAUCUCUUCGAAGGCGAUGGGCAUCAUGAACUCUUUCGUCAACGACAUCUUCGAGCGCAUCGCCGGUGAGUCGUCUCGUCUCGCUCACUACAACAAGCGCUCCACCAUCACUUCCCGAGAGAUCCAGACCGCCGUGCGUCUGCUGCUGCCCGGGGAGCUGGCCAAACACGCCGUGUCCGAGGGCACCAAGGCCGUCACCAAGUACACCAGCUCCAAGUAGAGCUCCGCUGCAGCUCCACACACAAAGGCUCUUUUAAGAGCCGCCAUAUUCUCGGUUAAAGAGUCUUAAUCUGUUGAGAAUCUUGAUUAAUAUAUCUCUUGGUUUGUGCUCUGUGGGUUUGAUAUUAGUGAUGGAAAACUAGAUCUUGUUCUUUCCGCGAACUGUUUCUUUCGGACAAUUCGACUUAAUAAAACGGUUCACCGGUUCUUUUACGCUCGACGUGAUGUAAUCGCGUCAAGUCUAUCAGUCUAUGGAGAGUCCAUUUAAUGCUAUGGUCCUGUAGUUACACACACACAGAGAGAGAGAGACAGACACACACACACACAGAGAGAGAGAGAGCGAGAGAGAGACAACCUAAACUAAACUCAAGUAAUAAUGAUAUAAAUAAAGAGCAUCUUAAGGUUUGUAAUAUGUAUUUUUUUAUUAAAUAAUGUUAAUGAAAGGUGAUGGUUAGGGUUAGCAAUCUACGGUUAAUACUUUACUUUGGUUAACAAUCAAUACUUAGUUCAGAUUGAUUGUCUUUAUGUAGGUAUUUUAUUUUAUUGUAUUUAUUUUUUUUUGGCUAGUUAUUUAGUGUUUCGUCUAAAUCACAAAUUGCAUCAUGACGUUAUUGUAGAUGUCCUAUAGAUACUUAAUCAAACAGAUCAUCUCAGAAGCCUUGUCAAUAUUAAAAACAAACGGAAGUGCAGUAGUUUACAGGUUUGAGUCGCCCUCUGCCGCCAGCUGAGCCUCAUUACAACUCAGAGGUGUUUCUAGACGUUAUACAAACAAGGCCUUUCAGAAUAACAACACUUAAAUUAAAACUAAAUGAAUGGGUGCCGUCAGGAUGAGAGUCCAAACAGCUCAUAAAAAAUCACAAUAAUCCACAGCACUCCAGUACAUCAGUGAACAUCUUCAAGUGAUUGCAGCUGCAGCUUUAAUGUGAUAAUCCUGACCGCUUCACAUGUCUCAGAUAUUAUUUCCUGACAUCUGUGGAAGUGUUUGAGCUCUGGGAGGGUUCAGGGGCUUCUGGUCUCUAGAUGAGCAGCUGUGGACAUUUACACACAGACCACUGAUGACCACAGCCAGGAUUACAACUCUUCUACACACUUAUUUGGUCAGACCCUCAUUUUAGCACAGAACUGAACUGAAAAUUAUUAAUAAUAAAAAGUAAAUUCUCAGCGCACUCACAUAAGCAAAAUUAAGAUAGAUAAAAUUGGCAUGAUAAACACAAUACAGAGAGUAUUGCAAACAAUUUUACAAACCUAAAGACAAUUUAAAAAGUGUCCAAGACAUAUAGUAAACCCAUACAAUACAUCACAUAAGCAAUCACAACAAUCACCUUUCACCAAAAUGCUUCCUUAAAAUAAUAUGUUUUAAGAAAGAUAUAGAGGGAAAAAAGUCCAUUUAGUGCCUGGAAGGUCAACAUAAGAAUCAUUAAAUCAACACGAAAUCAGACAGGUAGCCAAUGUAAGGUCUCUAAAAUAGUUUUUAUAUGAUCUCUAUGUCUCUAGUCAGAAUACAUGCACCCACUGACGUUUGUUCACAAUAAAUGUUGAUGCUCCUGCUAAU